AUGCGCUUCUUGGAUCAGCGGCGGGGGGAAUGGAAGGUGGAGUCGAGCAACUUCCUCAAGGAGGGCGGGGUGAGCCGACCGGAUGACGACCCUAAGGUGCAGGUGCUGAGACUCGGAUCUUCAUACCCGACUGAUGCGAAAAAUGGACGCCCGGCGCCUUUCAUGCGAAUUGUUGGAUUUUUUCCUGACGUUCUCCCAGAGGAGGUAUUCGAGUUUAUGACAGAUUUGCACCUGCGGAGGCAGUGGGACCGCAACUACCACAUGUUUUGCAAAUGGAACGACAACGACAACAAGGACAGCGCCGAGAGCGGCGCCGUGAAUCAUCUGGAAACGACUGAACGGCCCAUUGAGAUGGUGGCGAAGAAAACACCACUCUGCCGGGGCGACUGCUGUCUUCUUGCUCCAGAUGUUGCGCGAGAUACUGUUGAUCAAGGCUGGUUUGCACACCGUGUGGGACAUUCACUUCUCGACAAAUUUGGGAUUGCCGAUCGCCUCUUUGUUUACCAGCGUCGCUCAGUGUCCUACACAAAGCGAGAUCACGGCCCAAAACCACUGAAGAUGUAUGAUGUACUCUACAGUGGAACUGACGAGGCGGUGGAGAUGACCCGUGAACAAUCAAAGUCAUUCCACAAGUGGCUGUACUUAUGCGAGAAGGAGCGGGAAGCCGCUCGUGUGAGUGUAAACUACCAACACAUAUUGAUUCUACCUAUCGCUGAUGCAGCAUCGCAGCUUUGGGCGAAUCCAUUACCCCUCUCCUGCGGUGGGAGCAUGGUGGACGGUGAAACCACGAAGAUUGUGUACGACACCUUCAUAAACACCGUUCGCCUUCAGAAGGAGACGAAUAAGCUUGAUGGAACGCUUAUGAUAAUGACAUCAGCCAAUGAUGUGCAAAUACCGAGGAGUGUUCCAAUGUGGGCUCAGCGAAUGCUAGCUGCAUUUUUCUCAAAUCAUGCGUAUCGUGAAAUGCUUAAAGCGAUACGGUCUCACAGAAUUCAGGUCAGCCAGUGA